AUGAGCAGAGGAGAGAUGGGAAGUACUGGGAAGAGACGCCGGAGUUCUUUAGGGAUCUUCGUGGUUCUUGCUCUCUGCGCAACGUGCGCCAGCAGUCGAGGACCUGUUGGUGAUGGCCUUGCGGAUUCCCUGUCAUCAGUUGGUGGGACAUUACCUUACUUUCUGCAAGAGCCAGAGGAUGCUUACAUAAUCAAAAAUAACCCUAUCAAGUUGCGUUGCCGUGCGACUCCUGCCCUGCAGAUCUUCUAUAAGUGCAAUGGAGAAUGGGUCCAUCAGAACCAACAUACCUCACAAGAGUACAUGGACCAAAACACUGGGCUGAAAAUCCGCGAAGUUAUGAUCAAUGUUACCAGGCAGCAGGUGGAGGAUUUUCAUGGUCCAGAAGACUACUGGUGCCUGUGUGUUGCCUGGAGUCAUCUAGGAACCUCGAAGAGUCGUAAAGCCACUGUGAGGAUAGCCUACCUCAGAAAGAACUUCGAGCAGGAUCCUCAAGGGGAGGAAGUGCCAAUCAAGGGUAUGAUUGUGCUGCAUUGCCGUCCCCCGGAGGGAGUGCCCAUGGCAGAGGUGGAAUGGUUGAAAAAUGAGGAGUUGGUCAGCUCUCUUCAAGAUGAUAACAUUGACACUCGAGCUGACCACAAUCUGAUCAUCACUGAAGCCAGACUUUCAGACUCCGCCAACUAUACCUGCCUUGCCAGUAACAUAGUAGCAAAAAGACGCAGUGCCACGGCGACUGUAGUUGUUUUCGUGGAUGGAGUCUGGGAGGAGUGGAAUGAGUGGACAAUGUGUAACGCCCAGUGUGAGAGGCAGAGAUGGAGGGAGUGCAAUGCUCCUCCACCCAGACACAGAGGCAAGAUGUGUGAGGGAGAAGGUGAAAGCACAGAGAACUGCACAGGGGGAUUGUGUACACAAAGCAUGGAUAACUCUAUCGAUGUUGCGCUGUACUCUGGUCUGGGUGUGGGGGUGAUUGCUGUGGUUGUUCUCAUCGUGGCCAUCGCUCUCUACAGGAAGACUCAGAGUGAAUACGGAGUAGACGUCAUUGACCCAUCUGCUCUGGCAGGGGGCUUCCAGUCCUUCAAUUUUAAAACCACCAGACAAGGCACUCCAUUUGUACUGAAUUCCUCCAUGCAGCCUGAUAUAACUGUGGGCCAGACCUACAGCAGUCCAAUCUGUUUCCCGGACUCCAUAGACAAAGAAUUAUUUGACCCACUGCCAGACAAGGUCAAAGAUCAAAGCUCCUUUAUGGUUUCACUAGGUGUUUCAGACAGAGCCGAGUACCAUGUAAAAUCCUACCAGGAGAGCCUUACUGCUGGCCUUCACCCAAACUACAGCACAUUAGAUGGCAAGAAGAUGAGUAUGAUUCCUAAUGGACCACAUACUCUUGGGAAGCCUCAGUUAAAGACAAGUGCUGUGUUUGGCCACCUGGGUGGCCGAUUGGUCAUUCCAAAUGAAGGAGUUAGUUUGUUGGUUCCUCAUGGGGCGAUCUCAGAGGACACUUCUUGGGAAAUGUACAUGCUCAUCAAUCAAGGAGAAUCGAGAGCUCAAUCAGAGGAAAGGUGUGAGAUCCUAUUAGGGCCGGAGAUCACAUAUGGCCCUCCAGGGCUGAACCUGUCCUAUCCAGUUGCCAUGACGAUAGCUCAUUGUGCUGAGGUCAGUGCUGAAAACUGGAACAUUAAACUCAAGAGACAAACCAAGGACGACAAGUGGGAGGAAGUGAUGUCAGUAGAUGAUGAGUCAACCUCCUGCUAUUGCCUGAUGGACUCACAUUACUGUCACUUGUUGCUGGGUCAGCCAGGCUGCUAUGCUCUGGUGGGUGAACCCAUCACUGAUGCAGCCAUAAAAAGACUAAGGAUUGCAGUUUUUGGCAGCAUGGAGGCCUCCUCCAUGAACUACAACCUGCGGGUGCACUGUGUAGAUGACACACCACAUGCCUUUCAGGGAGUGGUCACUGCUGAAACCAGAAAAGGAGGUCAACUUCUAGAGGAGCCCAAGACUCUGUUCUUUAAAGGGAACUGCCUCAGUCUGCAGGUGUCCAUCCAGGACAUCCCUCAACUUUUGUGGAACAUCAAACCCUUCACCACCUGUCAGGAAUUCUCCUUCACCCAAGUGUGGUAUAGUAACCAGCAGCCUGUGCACUGUGCAUUCUCACUACAGAGACAUAGAGCCGCAACCUCCCAGCUCUCUUGCAAGAUCAGUGUGCGGCAGGUCAAAGGUCACGAGCAGAUCCUGCAGGUCUACACCUCAGUGGCAGAGAGUGAAAAAGAGACAGUCCCAUUUUUUAUGCAGGCAGAUUGCACGGUCACUUCAGAGACAGGGGCCAAAGCCUUCAAAAUCCCCCUGUCUAUUCGUCAGCGGAUAUGCACCACCUUCGAUACUGCCAAUGCCAAGGGCAAGGACUGGCAGCUCUUAGCUCAGAAACUCCACAUUCAAAGGAACCUGUCCUACUUCACAAAUCAGCAAAGUCCCUCUGCUGUCAUUCUCAGUCUCUGGGAGGCCAGGCAUCAGGACAGUGGAGAUCUUGACUCACUUGCAAGUGCUUUGGAGGAGAUUGGAAAGAUCCAUUGUAAAAGUCUGCCUCAGAGUCCUGAUGAGAAAGAGCCAGAAUUUAGCUUUUGAGGGAUGCCAAACUGGAGACUAAAUUAACUUUCCUAGGUGCAAUUUCCCCAGCAUCUUCUAAAUUCGAGUCCAAGAAUACCCAGCAAAAGUAUAUCAAUUCUGUGUGAAGACUUUGACUAGAUGUGACCAAUCAAACACUUUCAUGUACAUUUGCAACAUUAGCAACAAUUUGGUGCAGAUUCAACAACUUCAAAACACUUUAUCAAAAUCUUGUGCCAAGCCUUCCCAUCCUACAUUAAAUUCCGCCUUAGCCCUCCACAGGUGUUCAUAAUUUUAAGUUGUGGGAUUUGAUAUGUGGCCAUGCUUAUGUUUUCUUAACAUUUCCUGAGCCAGAUUCACACUUUAUCUUUGACUAUUUUUUUGAGCAGUCUUGUGUUUCAGAGUUGAGCAGUAUUUAUAUCCCGACUGCAUGUUACUACUGACUUGUGCUUUGUUUGCAAUAUACAGUAUGAUGUUUAGAGAAGAGGGGCGAGGGGAAUACACUCAUGUAAACUGCAUUUUUUUGGGUUUGCACAAAUUGUGAUUGUAAGCCACUGUGUUAAUUUACUUACAUUAUAAUUGCAUUGUCCAAUUCUGCCCAAGAGAUAGAUCAACGCCAGCGAUUCUGCGGCACCCAGCUACGACGACCAGAGAUUGCAGAUGCACAUGGCGUGCAGAAAUUCAGCUAAAAUAAACCCAAACCCUCAGUGGAGUAAAAAUGUAACGUUAGAGGAAAAAUUGCAACCUUCAAAUCGUGCUUGUCACAGAUUAUGCAAACAAGUUUCAUACUGGGUUCUGUAUAGACAAAAGGCAUAAAAAUAAUUUACAGCAGGCACCACACCAUUUAUUCCUUAGAAAAUGUUAAAGUACAACUCCACCCCACUGACUCAAAUGUAUUAUUAUAUUCCUCUGAACAUUUUAAAGACUUAUGAGUCAUUCAGGGCAAAGAGCAGGUCAGUGUCUUGCCUUUAAUAAUGGGAGUCAGGCUUGAGACACAUAUUGAUCACAAGAAGCAUUUACUUAGCCAGUGCAGAUGGCAGCACAUCCCUUAUGUUAAUGCUUAAAGCUUUUCUUUUAAAUGCAACUGAGGGAGACCUCUGUAGAAUUAAGACUCUCUUAUCUCCUCUGACCAAAUUCCACCAUUCAGUGUGAGACACAAUGGGAACAUGGGCCGGCUAGCAGGGCGACAUAUAAUAAAGGUCUGAUAAAGGGAAAAGAGCUUUGUGGAAACUGCUGUUAGAAUGCAGUAAAAAAAAUGAUGUGCUUAUUUUCCAAGUCAUCUACUUCAUUAACCUUCUCUCAUGAAAGAGAAAAGGCCCCCAAGAAGCUCAACAGCUAUCUUAGCCUUUAAAGUAUCACUUACAUUGGAUAUUCUUUUUGUGUUUUGCUUGAAUUCUAGGAUUCAUGAAGUAUUUUAGCAAGACUGAUUUGCUGGUUUCUGGAUUUAGAUUCUGGCUGAUACAACACCAAUCCUCCACAUCACUAUAUAAUAGCCCAAAGAAAUUUCUAAGUUAGUGUUAUUCUUUCUCUCUGUAGUAAUGAGACUCUAUUGUUCCUUUUUAAAAUAUAUUAUUUUGCACAUUUACUAUUACCUCAUUCAAAUUUUAUUUAAGGGAUUCAUAUUUUCUUCUGUGGAUCACAGAAGGAGAUGUUUGGCAGAAUGUUA